AUGGGGCUCGGGACGACUUCACCGUUGACUGUGCUGGGUUGUGCUCUAGCAGUUCACUCCGCAGCUGCUACAGGUUCCCAUCACUUUGCGACUGACAGCAGCACCUUCGACUAUGUCGUUGUGGGCGGAGGGACAUCGGGGCUAGUGGUUGCCAAUCGGCUGACUGAAAAUCGCCACAGCUACUUUGACGACAAACCCGAGGCCAUCAUACCUUGGUAUUCCACCGCCGUCGACACAAGCGUUCUACUCAACCCCCGGUCUGCACCAAAUUCGAAGCUUUACAAUGCUACACACAAUGUGACUGUUGCAGCUGUUGUUGGAGGCGCAACAGUUGUCAACGGCAUGGGAUGUGACCGCGGAAGCAAGGCAGACUACGAUGCUUGGGAGGAAUUGGGCAAUCCAGGCUGGGGGUGGAAUGGGCUGCUGCCCUACUUCAAGAAGAGCACAACCUUCACUCCUCCCAACCCCGACGUGGUGGACCGGUGGAAUAUCACCUGGAAUACUGCCGCAUAUGGAAAAGGCCCCGUCCAGGUUCAUAUCUCCAACUUCCAGUACCCUGACAUUGAUACAAUUUGGGAAGGCUUCAGACAACAACCCGGAGUUACCUUUCCACCAGGGUCCUCUUCUGGAUUUGGGCCAGGCGCGUACUGGUCAGCAAAUACGAUUGAUGCCCGCGGCAUGACCCGAUCGACUGCACGCAGUGCCUACUACGACCCUGUCAACAAGACUCGCUCAAAUCUGCGUCUUGUCAUUGGUCAGACGGCGACAGAGUUACUGUUCGACCGCGGAAAGCCUUUGAGAGCGAAGGGAGUGCGGGUCGUUUCCAGUUUUGACGCCAAGGUUCGCAACGUUUAUGCACGGAAGGAGGUCAUCCUGGCAGCAGGAGCUGUGAUGACUCCUCAUUUGUUGCAAGUCAGCGGCAUCGGUCCCGCAUCGGUGCUCAAGGCAGCUGGUAUCAAAGUUGAGAAAGACCUGCCCUCUGUGGGGGCCAACUUUCAAGACCAUGCGACAGUUGUGCUGUGGUUCAACCUCUCCACGCCAUCAUUUCCCAACUCCGAUAGCAUAUCGAACAACGCCACGUACAAUGCGACCGUCUGGGAAGAAUACCUCACCAACAGAACAGGGCCAGUCGCAGCUGCCAACAGCAACAGCAUCAUCUACUAUUCACUUGCACAGGUCCUGUCACCUUCGGCUGCGGCCUCCGUAGCCUCCCGGCUCUUAGCACAGGAUGCAAGGCAGUACUUACCAGCCAUUUACAGCACCAGUUCGGCUCUUCUUCGAGGUUUCAAAGCUCAACGCGCCAUUCUGGCGCAGCGAUUCACGACCAACACAUCAUCAUACACAGCCCAGCCUCUACGUGGCAACGGCCAGAGCCCGUCUCCGCUGCUGAAGCCUCUUUCCAGGGGUACCGUAACGCUCAACUUGACUCAUCCAGAAAGUCUUCCAGUGGUACAAUACAACACCUUCAUAAACCCGAUCGAUGAAGAACUUGCCGUCGCGGUUGUCCGGCGCUCUCGCAGGUACUGGGCCAGCCCAGCUCUUCAGAAACUGGGCCCGACGGAAAGACAACCGGGCGCGGAGUACCAGACAGACACAGAGAUCUCGGACUAUCUCAAGGCAAAUCGGUUAGCAUUGUUUGCCAGUUUGGCCCACCCGUCUGGCACAUGCGCCAUGAUGCCCGAAAAGCUGGGAGGGUGUGUUGGGUCUGACCUAAGGGUGUAUGGCGUCAAGGGGCUGAGUGUGGUAGAUGCUAGUGUCAUUCCUCUGAUUAGUGGCACCUCUCUGCAAGCAACGGUCUAUGCGAUUGCCGAGAAGGCGGCCGACAUCAUCAAGGCGAGAGGUUGA